AUGCAAGACGAGUUGCAAGCUCUUAAUGAUAACAAUACUUGGAGUGUUGUUGAGCUUCCUAAAGGGAAGAAUGCUGUUGGCAGUCGAUGGAUCUACAAAACCAAGUUUCACUCCGAUGGAUCUAUUGAAAGACACAAGGCAAGAUUGGUAGCUCGGGGCUUCACUUAA